GAAGAGCAACUAAUUUAUUUGGGCUGUGAUUCUCUCUAUUUCUAUAGAGAGCAUGGCUCUGGCCAUGCUCCAAAAACCUAUUUAUAUGGGAUCAAGUGAGUUGUAGAGAUAUUUAGAUUUUGCGCCAAAAGGUUUGAUGAAAAUCUUCGCCGCUUCACAGUAUCGCACAAACAAAAUUCAAGAUGGAGGAUGAAGAGUAGCUUUUCAACUACGUCAUCAGAUAAUCAUCAUUCCAUGUUACCAGUGACCAGGAUACCAGCCACUCUGGUUCUCUUGUUCACGUUGGUCCAUAUUCAUGCUCGACAUACUACAAUACUCCCAGGUGUUCCAGACUUGUCGGAUACCAAGAUGUCGUACAAAUACAUUGAUAAGUUAAGUCUAUCGAACGACCAUAGACGAGAGAUUCAGGAGAUACUGCAGGGCUUUGACGCCCAGCAUGAAAAGCUGCUAGCAGAGUACCAGGCAGAGAAAUACAGACCGUUCACCAUCGGGCUUCAGCAGACUUCGGAACAGCUAAAGAGUACUUAUAAGAGAAGCCAUCGCUAUCGCUGAGCGACUUGAAGAUCCUGUUGCCGUGGCAGAUCGCCAUGGGGACUUGGGAACCACUUUUCGGUCGGAGGGGCGGUUCGCCGAUGCCCUUACCCAUCAGAAAAAACAGUUUGUGUUUGCAAAACAAA